AACGUUUGUAGCAGGCGGGUCUAAUGGCUGUUACAGGAACAUUUCAUUGGAACUUGUGUACGGUGUAGCCUGCCGAUUGGAGCAACGUCCUGAGGUUUGGCUGUACCGGAAAUGCCUCAAUUUAUUUAGACAGACAAAAGGCUCUCAAGUCAUCUAAAAUAACAAUAGCUUAUUCAUAUAGACAUUCAAAUACAUUUCAUAUAGUUUUACAUAGGCCUAUAGACUCGACAAAAUAAAACAUGGUCGGGAUAGGAUUAGCCCACAUUUUCCUGAUAUUCGUUUUAUGUCAACGUCAUGUCGACUCUUACGUUCCUCCUCCCGUCAACGUGAGCCUCAUCUGCCACAAUUUUCACAAUGUGAUCUAUUGGAACUACAGUGAACCAUCUCUGCAGCCACAGUUCAAUGUGGAAAUGACAAGAAAAUACUCUGGUGCUGCCUUGGUUUGUUCAAACACUUCCCUCUACCACUGCGACGUCUCCUCAUUUACCAAAGUAAUAGAAGAGGGCUACCGUUUCAUAUUGACUGCUGUUGGACAGAAUACCAAUUCCUCUGAAAUUUCAUUCACCUACGAUGAUACAGUGUAUUCAGACGUGGUGGUACAGUGCUCAUUGGAUUUCCCACCUGUCAACAUCUCUGCUGUAUCUGAUCAAAUUAUCAAAGUUCAAUUCAUUCACCCGUUUCACAUCUACAAAUAUGCCAUCAUCAAAAAUGAAAGACCGGAUCAUAAGGAAUUUCAUUACACGGUUGUCGCAGAAGAUCCGUUGAAAGAGCAUCGUUUUACCUGCUCUUACAAGCAACACCAUGUGUGUGAGGCUGAAAUACCAGUCAAUGGAAAGAUGGAUAGGCACUGCGUCAAGAUGAAAGGAAAAAUGAACAAUGUUCAUGUCUCAGCUCACCAGAACAUAUGCAUUGAGGGGAAGCAUGGGGAUUCUGGUCCUAGCUACACUGCCCUCUACAUUGUGAUCCCUAUCGUUGCCAUAGUGGUGAUUGCGUUCAUCGUGUGGCUGAUAUGCAGUAAACUGACAAGCGGCUCAUUCCCUCAACCAAAGAUUUUGGCUUCCGUGCUGUCACAUAUGAGUUCAGGUGAGUCCCUUAUGCACCCUGAAAGAGACAUUCUGAGUGAGUUAAAAACAGGUGGCUCCCCCCUGCUGCAGACCCCCAUGGAAUCUUUGCCAGAUGAGACCCUCACAGUCAUCAGUACCCCCCAGGAAGAGGUCCUCCGCCUCCCCAUUGGACUGAAGGACCAGGAGUGGAGCGGUGGGGAGGUCAUGUUGCCUAACGAGGGGUCAGGCUCUUCACUGCAGGUAACGAGAGAGUUGGGACUGGAGGUGAAGAGUGACUUAUCUGAGCUGUCGGACUAUGACUGCCCCCAUAGACCUGUGAUUAUUCCUGUGAUAGAGGAGAUGAGUCCUGGGGACAAUGUUACAGGAUACAAGAUCUGAGUUUCUCUCAAGAGAAAGUAUGGUGAUUUAUUUACAUAUGCUCAGCUCGUGCAUCUACUUAACCGCACCUGAAUCUGUUUGGGGUAGAGCAUCGUAUUCAGUUUAGUCUUUGAUUGGUUGUUCUAGGCCUACAGCCUGGAGUCCUACCAAUACUUUUCCUGUUCCUUUAACUAUUUAAAUGCGCAGCCGAUGGUGGAGAUGGAGAGGAUAAUCAGAGGGGUAACCUGGGACUGUUGCUUACUCAGGUGAACCAGGGAUAGUGAAAACCAAGUGGUCUUGAAUGCUGGGAACUGCCCCAUUGUAAUGUUGAAUUUCAUUAGACUGAAUUAAUACAUUUCCGACAGCAUAUUUGUAAAAAAUAAAUAAAAAGUGUUCCUCUUGUCCAUUCUUUUACUGUCCCUACUUGAGUGACAUGGCUGUUUUCUAAGGUAGCAAGAGAAUAAGGGUUGCAAGAGCAGAAUGAAUGAUAUUCAUUAGGUUAUUGUCUUGUGCUGUGUAUAUUAGUUCUAUUUGCACUUUUUACAUGACUGUCAUACAUGUACAAUGUUUCAAAAUGUAUUAUUAGGUCCUAUUAAAUUCAGAUGACCAAGUUAUACCAAUGCAAUUGGAUUGCUGUGGUGAUAAUAAUGAAUGUUGUUAUCAGUGCCUUGCUGUUUGCCCUAUACCUAAUCAUUUAGUUUUUAAUUGUGUACAAUUUUGACGCUAUACUUUUCAUACAGCUAAAAUUAUAUAUCAAAAAAGAAUUAAUGUUAAGGAUUUUGCUAUUUUCUGUGCAAACUAAUUCUGUUGUAUUUGUUUUAAAUCAUCUUUCCCCAAUUUCCCGUCUUCAUUUUUUUAUAUUUUCUUUGCAUAAUAUACAAUCAAAGCUAAUUCAAUGGAUUAUUGUAAUUACUAUGUUAAUAAAUGCAGAUUUGAAAGAGCAAACAAA